GGCACGAAAAGGUGAGGUUUGCAAUGAUUUUAAUGCAGAUAUUCCACAGCAAAUCAAGUUCUUUUUAGUCAGGAUAGUGGGAAAUCGUUUAGUGUAAUCCAAAUUACAGUUAUUGAAAAUGAGCAGCUCGGAGGAAGUUUCAUGGAUCGCAUGGUUCUGCGGGCUGCGCGGCAAUGAAUAUUUCUGUGAGGUGGACGAGGAUUAUAUAAAUGAUAAGUUUAACUUGACAGGGCUGAAUGAGCAGGUACCACAUUAUAGACAAGCACUGGACAUGAUCCUUGAUCUUGAGCCUGAUGAUGACUUAGAUGAUAAUCCGAAUCAGUCUGAUCUUGUGGAGCAAGCAUCAGAGAUUUUGUACGGCUUGAUCCAUGCUCGCUAUAUAUUGACCAAUAGAGGUAUUGGGCAGAUGUUAGAGAAGUUCCAAAAUGGUGAAUUUGGUCACUGUCCACGGGUUUACUGUGAAUGUCAACCGAUGCUGCCACUUGGUCUGUCGGACGUGCCGGGCGAGGCGAUGGUGAAGCUGUACUGUCCGCGCUGCAUGGAGGUGUACACACCGAAGUCGUCGCGUCACCACCACACGGACGGCGCCUACUUCGGCACCGGCUUCCCGCACAUGGUGUUCAUGGUGCACCCGGAGUACCGCCCCAAGAGGCCCGCCUCGCAGUUCGUGCCCAGGUUGUACGGGUUCAAGAUCCAUCCGCUGGCGUACCAGAUCCAGCAGCAGGCGGCUGCCAACUUCAAGGCGCCGCUGCGAGGGCUCUCCUACAACAACGAGACGAAGAACACGAGUAACAUUCCAAAAUGAUUAAUUGAACGUGGGGCGAGGCAGCGGCGUCGCAGCUUCUCUCGCCACCUAUAUACCCGAGUCCUUACAUUUAACUAAUAUAAUAUUUAUUAAAUUAAUUAAUUAAACAAACACUAUGACCUUAAUGAAGCAGUUAUGUUUUAAAUGCAAUAAAGUUUAUUUUUACGUUUUCUGUAA